UUCACGCAGACGAACCAAACAUGACACUUUUGGCCCCAUGAUAAACAAGGCCCGUCUGAACAAUGAACACAAGCCAUGCAAACCCGCUUCCACAUUGUCAAACCUCCUCACCUCUCUCUCAGUUUCCACUCUUUCUCCUCUGUUUCUCUCUUUCUCUCUCUAAACAGAAGAAGUCUGCUUCACUUCCACUCUCUCUCCCCUGAUCGUCACCUUCUUUUGCUUCCCAGAACCCCAAUUUCAUAUUCCCAUCUCUCUCUCACUUUCCACUUUCUCUCAUCCAAUUCCCACUCUCUCUUUCUAUCUAGAAUAACACUUAUUCCAUUCCAUUCUCUCUCCUCUAGUCACUUAUUUCUCUCUCUAACCAGAAGAACCAACUUCUCCUCUGCUCUCCCUUCUCUCGGAUGGCCUGGAGAAAACACCGCAAGACCACCACUCAACAGAACCAGUAUUCUUUCACAAGACCAUUCUGUCUCUUUUUCUAUUCCAUGGCUCCAAACUCUCAGAAAUUCCAUUGCUCUCAGAGAUAUAGAGCUCGGAAAGAAAACCCAUUCUCAGAUCAUUGUCAAUGGCCUAACAUCCAAUCGAUUUUUGCAAAACAAUCUCAUCAGUAUGUAUGGAAAAUGUGGUUCAAUUUGUUAUGCACGAAAAUUGUUUGAUAUCAGUCAUGAAAGAGACUUGGUGACCUGGAAUUCUUUGCUUGCCUGCUAUGCCAUGGAACCAGAAGACGAAUGCUUAGAAACUCUGGUUAUUUUUCAAGAAAUGAUGCGCCACUCACUGGGUCUCACUAGGCUCACCUUUGCGCCAGUGCUCAAGGUUUGUGCUCGAUUGGGGCUUCUUGAUUCCUCUAAAAUGGUUCAUGCCUGUGCCGUUAAGGUUGGGCUUGAUUGGGAUCUCUUUGUUGCAGGCGCUCUUGUGAACAUAUACUGUAAAUUUGGGUGCAUUGACGAUGCUCGGUCAUUGUUUGAUAAGAUACCGGAGAGAGAUUUAGUGUUGUGGAAUGUAAUGCUUGAUGGGUAUGCGAGGUUGGGUGAUGGAGAUGAGGCUUUUUCUCUGUUUCAUGAGUUGCAGAGGGCUGGGUUUUGGCCUGAUGAGGUCAGUGUUUCGUGUGUUCUUAAAGGAUUUAAUGGAGGUGAAUCAAAAGAGUUGGUUAAGGUUAGAGGAGUUCAUGCUUAUUCAUUGAAAUUGGGUAUUGAUCAUGAUCCAUUUUUGGGUUCUCUACUAUACAAUUAUUACAUUCGAUUUGGUGAGAAUUGCUCAGAAUUAGGUAUUUGUGAGAGGUCUAAUGGGUGGGAUUCAGAUAUUCUAUUGUGGAACAAAACCAUGUCUUCAUAUUUUCAGAAAGGGUGGAACUGUGGUGUUUUGAACAGCUUUAUUGAGAUGCAGAGGAAGGGAAUCAAACCUGAUUCCAUCACAUUUAUCACACUUCUUAGUGCAAUUACAGCUGAGAGAGCAAUGCAAGUAGGGAGGCAGGUCCACUGUUUGGCCUUCAAAUCAGGUUUCUAUCUGAGUGUCCCAGUUGGUAAUAAUCUUGUAAAUAUGUAUGCUAAAACUGGUGGCCUAAUUGAUGCAAGGCGUGUGUUUGAUGGGAUGGAAGAAUUGGAUCUGAUCUCAUGGAAUUCCAUGAUAUCAAGCUAUGCUCAAAGUGAUGCGGAGGUGGAGCAGGCAAUAUCUUUGUUCUCAGACAUGCAGAGAAAUGGCAUAAAUCCUGAUCAGUUCACAUUGGCUAGUGUUUUGAGAGCUUGUGCGGCCAAACCCCCACUUUUUAUAUUGGGCAAGCAGGUUCAGGUUCAUGCUAUCAAGCUAGAUAGGCUUGGUGAUAAAUUUAUACAAACUGCACUCUUAGACAUGUAUGCAAAGCAUGGUAGCAUGGUGCAAGCUGAAGCUUUGUUUGAUAACACGAUUGAGAAUGACUUAGCUUCAUGGAAUGCUAUGAUCUCAGGCUAUGUUUGGAACCAGGAGGAAGUUAAGGCCUUGAAUCUCUUUUCUUCGAUGCAACGGUCCAAUAUGGAAUUGAAUCAGUUCGGUCUAGCAACCGCCCUCAAGGCAUGCAGUUGUUUGGUUGCUAUGGAUAAAGGAAAACAGAUUCAUGCCCAUGCCAUCAAGAAGGGUCAUGAUAUUGACCUUUGCGUGAGCAGUGGAAUUGUGGACAUGUACAUAAAAUGUGGUGCCACAAAUGAUGCAUGCUUGGCUUUCAAUGCCAUGCCUCAUCACGAUAAUGUGGCAUGGACCACCAUGAUUUCUGGUUGUGUGCAAAAUGGGGAUGAGGAUCAUGCUUUGCAGCUCUACCAUCGAAUGAUGGAUAUUGGCAUUUGGCCUGAUGCAUACAUGUAUGCAAGCCUCAUCAAGGCAUGCUCUCACAUGGCUGCAUUAGAACAGGGUAGAGGCAUGCAUGCCAAUGUGAUCAAGAUGGACCAUACCAUGGAUUCAUAUGUGGCUACAGCAAUCAUAGACAUGUAUGCGAAAUGCGGAAACAUUGACGACUCUCGUAAGAUGUUUGAGAGGAUGAAUGUGAAAACAAUUGCUUCUUGGAAUGCCAUGGUAGUUGGGUAUGCACAACAUGGGCAUGGGGAAGAAGCUCUUAGGCUAUUUGGCUUGAUGGGUCUCGAUGGAAUGAAACCAGAUAAGAUCACAUUCAUUGGUGUGCUAUCGGCCUGUAGCCAUGCGGGCCUAGUGACCGACGCUUGUCACUACUUCAAUUCCAUGCCUCAGGAUUAUAGGAUAAAACUAGAGCUGGAGCAUUAUGCAUGCAUGGUUGAUGUUCUUAGUCGAGCUGGGCUGCUUCAUGAUGCUGAAAUGCUAAUCAAGAACAUGCCUUAUGGUGCAUCAACCUCUAUGUAUCGAGCAUUGCUUGGGGCAUGUAGGAUUCACAAAGAUUCCGAAAUGGCAAAAUGGGUGUCUCAAAAGCUAUUGCAUUUGGAGCCGAAUGAUUCGGCCGCUUACGUUCUCUUGUCUAAUACAUAUGCUGCCUCUGAUAGAUGGAAUGAAGCAGCUGGCGCUAGGAAAAUGAUGAAUUCGAGGGGCGUUAAGAAAGACCCUGGACAUAGUUGGAUCGAUGUGAAGAAUAAGGUUCAUUUGUUUGUGGUGGAUGAUAGGACCCACCCACACUCAGAUGCCAUCUAUGCAAAAGUUGAGGAGCUAAUUAGAAGGAUUAAAGAUGUGGGUUAUGUUCCUGAUACUGAGUUUGUAUUGCUCGACGUUGCAGAGGAAGAAAAGGAGCGGGCUCUUUACUACCAUAGUGAGAAGCUUGCAAUAGCUUACGGGCUAAUUAGUGUACCAUGCCCUUUGAAAAUACGGAUCAUCAAGAACCUCAGAGUCUGUGGUGAUUGCCACAAUGCAAUUAAGUACAUAUCCUGUAUUACUGGACGGGAAAUUGUUGUAAGAGAUGCAAAUCGUUUUCACCAUUUCAGAGAUGGAAGUUGCUCUUGUAAAGAUUAUUGGUAAUAACUGUAACUGUUUUAUUUCUUAACCUCUUCAUUGAUAAUGAUUACUGUAACUUGUUGGCUUUUUCUUU